CGACAGCGUUGAGGUAGAGCAAAGCACCGAUAGUUCCGGCCGUACAGGCUUCGACCAGAGUCGGCUCGACUACUUCCAAUGGAAGUCGUUGCACAAGGGCGGCAGCAAGAGGAGUGUAGUAGUCGUGGAGCUCAUCGAACAACAACAGAGCAUCAUCUUUGGUGAGGAAGCAGUUGCUGGUGUCUCGUGUGGCGACUAA